AUGGGAACACCUGCCAACAAUAUUACUAUUGAUAAUAACGAUAAAGAUCAUUAUAGUUAUAAACCUCCUAUGUUUGAUGGAGAGAAUUUUGACUAUUGGAAGGAUAAAAUAGAAACAUACUUCAUGGCAUUUGACUUUGAUCUUUGGGAUUUGGUAGCUGAUGGCUAUAAUUGUCCAGUAGAUUCAAAUGGUGUCAAGAUUAUAAGAAGUGCAAUGACUGAUUACCAGAAGAAGGCUUACAAGAAUCACUUUAAAGCCAUGUCAAUCUUAUUAUCUCCUCUUUCUUAUGAUUUGUAUGAGAAGAUCACUAAUAAAGAGACUGCAAAGUCUAUAUUUGAUUCUCUCAAGAUGAAUCAUGAAGGCAACUCUCAAGUUAAGGAGACAAUGGCUCUGACCCUAAUCCAAAAAUAUGAAGCCUUCAAGAUGGAAGAAGAAGAAUUUGUGGAAACGAUGUUUUCAAGAUUUCAGAUUCUUGUGGCAGGGCUUAAGGUUCUGGAAAAAGGUUACUCUAACUCAGAUCAUGUUAAGAAGAUUAUUAGAAGUUUGCCUGCAAAAUGGAGACCAAUGGUAACUGCUUUGAAACUACCAAAGCAUCUGAACAACACUAGUCUUGAGGAACUGAUAAGUUCUUUGAGAAGUCAUGAGAUUAAGCUUCAAGGAGAUGAACCUCAAAAGAAUGGAAAGUAUGUGGCUCUAAGGCCAAAAUCUGAGAAUACAAAGGCGUGUCAAGCAGAAGAAGACUCGGGAGAAAAAGACUCAAGCAAAGACGAAGUGUCUAUGAUAUCCAUAAGAUUGGCUCAACUAUGGAAACAUAGAAAGAGAAAAUUUCAAGCAUCAAGAAGAACAAAGGAUAGAAGUGGAUCAUCUGGUAAAAGAAAAACUUCUAAACAAGAAGUUAUAUGUUAUGAGUGCAAUGAACCUGGACACUACAGAAAUGAUUGUCCAAAGCUUAGGAAAGAAAACAUGCCUAAGAAGAUGCUCAAAGCAAAGAAAGGACUCAUGGAAACAUGGGAUGACUCUGACUCAGAAGAAGAAGAUUCUGAUGAAGAACAAGACAAAGUAGCACUCAUUGCUGAAGCUAGCACAGAUGAAGUCCUAUCAAAGAAUGUUCUGACAAUAGGAAAUGAGUCAGAUUCUGAUAUUCAAAAGGAAGGAUUACUUGAAACAUACGACAAGAGAAAGGCGUAUGUUCCAACAUUUGGAACUUAG